AUGGACACUACAACCCCAGAAACCUUGCCGGCUGAGAUGUCUUUGCCACUGCCCUCCGCAAAGCGACGUAGAACAGGAUCAGGGAGUACUAGUUCCUACGAACCAGAUCCUGAGGAAGCUGAGGAUGUGUCAAGUAAUAUAUCUGGCGGAGGCAGGGUAUUUGUCAAAACAUUGCCCGCUGCGACGCAUGCGAACGUCAUUCGAAAUGACGGGAGAAAUAGAAAGAUCAUCAAAGCCUAUAACUACAGGGCUCGCCGGUCAUAUAGGUCUGCUAGUGCAGCGCCAAAGUCUCCACGGAUGCAAUUAUCUGGACCCUCGCGGUCUCAGAGCCAUGAGGUGAAAGUUCCUUCGAAAGCCAAAGACCGAACACGUCUGUCGAAGGGAUCUAUCUCCCCGCCAAACGAUAUCCUAGAUGCAGGGGAACUAUCAAUCACCCCUUCUGCUACCUUUACCUCAAGAAGGUUGAGGAAAAGGGACCCCGUCCGGUAUGGGUUUGCGAACCAGUCUCGACCAACUUCCAAUGCUCAAAAUGGUGAGAUAGCUGCAGAAUCUCACAGCUUUAACUCUAUGCAUCACGUAGAGCACCAACAUCGAGAUGCCGAGGGAGCGCACCGGCAACUGGAACAUCAAAACGUUCCAAAAAUUUCAUCCUGGAGUGGGGAAGCACAAAAUCGCAUCACUGAAUUGGAGAAGGAAAACGUCAUCCUAGAAGAAGAGAACACUACGCUUCGAGCACAAGUAGAUGAACUUUGUUCCAGGAUUGGGAGUGUGGGACCCCAGAGCUUGGAAACAACCAUAGUUAAAGAUGACGUUUUUUUCGAAAGCGGCUUUAUAAACCUCAGCAAAAUGAUUCGAGAUUACAUCCGCGAAUUUCUCCAAUCAAAAUUCACAUCUCCGUUCUCGCCGUCAAAGGUCCCUACCAAGAUCAGAGAUAUUCUAAAUUCCGAAGGCAUAGAAUGGCAGAAGUACUUGAGGGGCGGGAAGAAUAAAAAAGUUCUCCGAGCUAUUGCUCAGAAAUAUAUAUCCUUCUAUUUAGUGGAGAACAUAAUUAUGGACCCGGUCUUCCGCCAUAAUCGUCAAUUACGGGAUGCACUCUCCACGAUCCAGAUGGCGUUUACCGGUGACCGUGUCAUUCGCAGCCGUUGGCGCAAUAGAACAAUGCAGGAGCUUCGUUUAGCACUGCCUACGCCUUUGCCCGAUGCCAUCAUGGUCGAGCAGAAGUCUAGGGAACUGUUUAAGGAUACUAGAGUACUCUGGGUCAAAAACAAGGAAACAAUAGAAACGGAGCGUCUGAGAAGAAUCACCGAGUAUGCUGCGAAACUUGCGACAGAGCUCCACAAGUUGCCAUGUGAAAUCCAAUACGGGUUCUCACGGGAUAACUGGGAUAAAUUGCCGCGGGAUAUUGAUACACAUCCAGAGAAAGAGUUUUACCAAAUAAACGUUCACUCGCGUCACUCUAACUUCCAGUUUAUGACGGUAUUUCCUGGUAUACGAAAAUUAUCUGGAAACUUUGGGCCAGGCCAGGGCGAAGAUUCUAGCAUCGUUUAUUUGCCGCUGCAAUUAUCGGCGUAUCAUUGA